CUCUGCCAGCUAAAUGGCCUGUAUUAUAGCAAAACAGGCUAGCAAAGUUGCUAAGAUCCGUAUACUUUCUGCUCCAGUAUCGUAAAACAAAUUGUGACCGUUUUUUGUCGAGGUGUUUGCCCCACUGGGAAACACGGAGCCGCCCUGUUGUGAGGAGCUGCGAGCUGAGAAGCGCGAGCACCACGUCACACACACUCUAGGAUCACAACAGAGCGAGAAAGCGAGCACGCGACAUCAAAGGUACCUCGCAAGCCUGGGCACGGUGGUACUGCUACUUCUCCAGCUGCCCGUACAGUAAGUGACUUUGGACUUACCCGGAGGGGGACCUGUGUACCGACACCGGGCUUUGGCAUCAUGCAAUGUGUUCGGAGGGAGCCGCGACGCACCGUGUCAGAGGAAAAGGUGCUAGAGGAGGAAUCUUAUAAAGUGGCUGUAGCAAACGGUACCAAACUUGGUUUGCAUCAAGAUGCUGACCUACAGCACCUACUGAAAGGCAGCAAAAUGUGUAAGAUCAAGUCUAGCAAGUGGAAGAAACAAAGACUUUACAAACUUCAGGAUGACUGUAAGACAGUCUGGCAUGAAUCGUCCAAGAUCCUGAAAUCGCCUGAUUCGCAGACCUUUUCCAUUGAAGACAUUGAAGACGUGAGGGGUGGACAUCAGACUGAGAAAUUUCAGAAAUGUGCCAAGGAAUUUCCUGAAAACCAAUGCUUUUCUAUUAUCUUCAAAGGAAAAAAGCACAAUCUGGACCUUGUUGCUAACUCAGAAAAGGAGGCUGUUCACUGGAUUUCUGGCAUGAAAAAGAUCAUGAAUUCUUCAAAUUCAAUGAACCAAAAGGAGAAGCUGGAAUACUGGAUUUAUUCUUGCUUUCGAAAAGCAGAUAAGAAUAAAGACAACAAGAUGUCACUGGAAGAAGUAAAGGAGUUUUUCAAACUGGUGAACAUUGAAGUUAAUGAUCUGUAUGCCAAGAAGCUUUUUGAGAAAUGUGACAAGUCGAAAUCAAAUACACUGGAAGACAUAGAGAUCGCAGAAUUUUACAAACUACUGACUGAACGAGAAGAAAUAGAUGUAAUAUUUGGACAGUUUUCUGACAAAAAACUGCAUAUGAUGACUGUUUCAGAUCUGCACAGGUUCAUCGUUGAGGAGCAACGCCAAGAGGAAGAUGAAGAGUAUGCAGCAGCUCUUAUUGAGAAAUAUGAAUUAAAUGAAUUUGCCAAGAAAGAAAAACAUAUGACCAAAGAUGGCUUUCUGAUGUACCUGUUGUCUCCUGAGUGUGACCUAUUCAAUCCUGCUCAUAAGGAAGUAUACAUGGAUAUGAACCAGCCUCUCAGCCAUUACUAUAUCUCCUCCUCUCAUAACACUUACCUGAUGGAGGAUCAGCUGAAAGGUCCCAGCAGCACAGAAGCCUAUAUUAGGGCCCUCGGCAAAGGGUGCCGCUGUGUGGAAAUGGACUGCUGGGAUGGCCCCAAUGGUGAGCCAAUUAUUUACCAUGGAUAUACCCUCACCUCCAAAAUCCUGUUUAAGGAUGUAAUUCAGGUUAUCAAGGAUCAUGCUUUUAAGGUGUCUCCCUACCCAGUGAUCCUGUCUAUGGAAAACCACUGCAGCCUGGAGCAACAAAAGGUGCUAGCCAAGCAUCUCAAGAACAUCCUUGGGGACAUGCUACUCACUAUCCCUGUCAAUGGUAAUCUAAGUGAACUACCCUCACCUGAGCAACUGAAAGGCAAGAUUCUGGUGAAAGGCAAGAAAAAAGGCAAAUUAGAAAAUCACAUAAUAAAUAAUAAUGUCGGUGAUGUGCAAGAAGAAAUCUACGAUGUAUCUGAUGAAGAUGAGGCAGCAGAAAUAGAUGAUGAAGCAGUAAGAAACAAAGUUCAGAACAGCAAAAAGAGCAAAAAUGUGGCCUUGGCUAAAGCACUGUCCGAUAUUGUGAUUUACUGCAAGAGUGUCCAUUUCCAAGGAUUUAAGCAACUUGUGGAACAGCUUGCCUUCUAUGAAAUGUCCUCCUUCUCUGAGACCAAGGCUUUCAAACUAGUUGAAGAAUCUGCACCCGGCUUUAUUCUUCACAAUACCAGGCAGUUAAGCAGGACCUACCCAGCUGGCUUGAGAACUGAUUCGUCCAACUAUAAUCCUAUCAGCUUAUGGAAUGUUGGCUGUCAGAUAGUGGCGCUUAACUUCCAGACCUCUGGGGCAGAGAUGGACCUGUACCAAGGAAAAUUUCAAGAUAAUGGACAUGCAGGAUAUGUCCUGAAGCCCAGUUUUCUUCGAGAGAGAAAUUCCUCUUUUGAUCCACGCUCAGUUUCCAAAGGCAAAUGGAUGAGGCCCAAGACACUGCAUGUCAUGGUAAUCUCAGCUCAGCAACUGCCCAAGGUGAACAGUAAGAAGAACUCCAUCCUUGAUCCACUGGUUGUUGUGGAGGUUCAUGGUGUGACUCGAGACUGUGACAAAAGGUCUACAGAACAUGUUACCAAUAAUGGUUUUAACCCACAGUGGAAUGAGAGAUUUCAGUUCGGCAUUGAUGUUCCUGAGCUUGCUCUGCUUCGCUUCGUGGUACUAGACCAUGACAGUUCAUCGAGAAAUGACUUUGUAGGACAAUAUACUGUACCGUUCACAAGCACUCGAAAAGGUUACCACCACAUUCAUUUGUUAAACAAGCAGGGACACCGUAUCCCGUCUGCUACUCUGUUUGUACACAUCAUGAUCGUGGAUCAGUAGAACAGCCUCUUCAUGGGAUUCAUUGCCUGCAAGAAAUUGUGGAUAUAACUAAUAUGCCAAAAAAUAACAAAAUGGCAAAAGACUGUUUCUUUAUCUUCUGUGAAAAUGGAACAUUUACAAUCCAAUUUUUAGGAAGACUUUUGGAUGGAAUUUGCAUGUUUUUUAAUUUAACAUUUUAUACUUUUAUGUAAAAUUUUAUCUACCUUCUGAUCUUAAGAAUUUUUAAGGAAGAGCCUGCAUUUCUGGAGGCUGAUCCACUUAAUUAUGUACAGAUUCAUAUAUGUGAAGGGGGUUGGAUUCAUUGCCUUUCUUAGACUGUCAUUCAUUAGUUAAUUGUGUACAUAAUUUGAAAUGUGCAAGAAAAAAUACAUCAAUCCUGUAAAUAUGGUGACUAGGACCCUAAAGUGCUUUUGUAGUACAUUAAGCACUGUGAUUAAACUGAAAUCAGGUGAAAAGACAUCCUUUUUUAAGCACCUUUCUGAGAUAAAAAAGGUGUGCAAAGUUUGUUCAGCAAAUAUCUGUGGUGUUAUGAUCUAGUCAUGUGCUAGAAUAAAUAGCAUAAAUAACCACAACUAAACAGCAUCAGGAAACUGAAACAGCGUUAAAAGCCAUAGUAUACAUUUUGCUGCCACACAAAAAAGGAAUAUGGUAGUGAGAAGUGAGUUGCAGCUUUUAAAAUGUGGAGGAUCAGAGGAACACUUCACUUUUGAACACUCUGUAAGGCAGUGCUUUCAAAACUGUAAAACACUUUACACUCCUACAAUUUCUUUUUAUUUGUUUUUCUUGUAGUACAUUAGAGCAACUAAAGCUCCAUGUACUAUAGUGAACUGUGUGACAACACUAACUAUAUUACACAUUUCUAAGCUGGAAAACACUGCACAACCAUGCAUUUAUUUUAUUUUUGUUUUGUUUUGUUUUAUUACUGGUAGUAUGUGGGGCAGGUGAGGCUCCAUGUUCUACAAAUAAUUAUACUUGGAUUUUUCUAAUUAUUUGGUAUGUGGUUUUGGGAUGAAUUGUUUGAUGUCCUUUUCUUGAGGAUAUAAUAACUUGAUUAGGAUUAGGGAACCAAUUAUAAUCCUGUACGCUACAGAUAAUGAGUGCAGUAAAAAUGUUGCAUAGAGGCUCUAUAAUGCUGAAACAAUCAUGUGACAUUCUAUGUGUGCAUUGGCUUUAGCAGCUAAUCACAAUGUCUGCACACUGCAUUUUAGUGUGUUAUAUGCCAGCAUUGGCUAUCCAAAGGAAACAAAUGUACCAUCAUACCAAAACACAAAAAGUCAUGGUAAGUGUAGAUGGAUCCAGGAAAAAUGCAACAGAGUGCAACAAAAGUCCAAUAGUCACCACAAAUAUAUCCAAUGAUCCAACCAAUGCGUAAGGAAACCACUGAGUCAAACCAUCAAUUCACAUGAAGAACAAGUUCUUUAUUUGAACUGAUGGUUUGACUCAGGGUUUCCUUACACAUUGGUUGGAUCAUUGGAUGUGUUUGUGGUAACUAAAUGUGCCAUCAUGUCUUGUGUUAUUAAGUUGGACUGGAUGCUUUACUACCGUAGAUUCUGUUCAUAUGUUCUUAUAAAUUGUUGUAACCAGCCCAUGGGACUCUGGUUUUGUGCGUAUUAGGUUUCAUUAAUCAAGUGUAUUUAGCAUUUAAGGAAGUACAUCACUAGUGGCCUUGGCUCUGCCUUCACAAGUUGAUGAUAGACUGGUUGUCAGUAAGUUGUUUGAAGCACUUGUAGCAAAACAAAACAAAAAGCUAAACUAUUGUUGCAAGGAGUUUUGCAGCCCCCCCCCCCCCAACAUACACUGUGUCUUCACAUCUGGUGGUUGCUGCAUCCUGUACCCUUCUAUCUGAAUAUAAUCCCUGCUGAGAAGUACAAACUCCCACAAAGCAGCAGGCUGCCAUAGCAGCAGUCACAUUGCUGCCAGAUAGCUUUUAGCUUGUCCAAAGUCUGCAUGUUCCUGUUUCUAGACCUUUAGGUCUGCAAAGUGUUCCAGUCUGUUUAGUAAGGGUUAACUAAAUAGGAUGCACGUAGGAUUAUUUAAGUGCAAGUGUUAAAGUAUUUUGUUUGGCAAGACGACUGAGCGUAAAGCACUGUGCUUCCUUUCUUCAAUCAUUCUUUUGUCCCAUAUUAUUUGUUGAUCUGAGGUUCUUUAUUAAUGCUGACAUCUUUCCUGGGUGGAUUGCAGGUGUGAUAGUACCUCACACACACUACUUUGAUACACUGUAUGCAAACAUCUAAGGAGCACACACAAGACAAUUAAAAGAAUAAUUUGCACAGCACAGUCGAUCAGUUAUAGUUCUUUGCCUGACAGCACCAGGGUGGGGUUUAAUCCUGACUUCUGCUGGAGUUCUUCCUGUUGUUUGGGUACUCCAGUUUCAUCCCAAAAAUAUGCUAGUUGAUUGGCCAUACUGUAUUUGUCAGAAAAGCGUCCAUAGACAAGCCCACUUACUUGGAUAAUAAAUGAUGUGCAAAUUUCAAGGUCUGUUCCCAUUUAAGAUACUCUUGCCUCUUUCUUAUCUUAGUAUACCAGAGCAUGUCUCAGUUGAAUUUCUCAUCUUUCUACAGGAAAUUAUUCACACUGGCCCAUUACAGGAAGCUACUGAGGUCAACACUUGAUAACUGGUGGCUGAGGCCUUCAUUUGUAGGUCAUUUCACAUUUUCUGAUACUGUUUUUCUGGAUGUCUUUUAUUGCAAAGUUACAGUUUGGUUUUAGAAAAAUUUGUCUGAAGUUUGCAUCCUGCUCCAUCACAGCACCACAGAAUUAAAGAAGAAACAAGUGUUACAGUCCUCAGGACAUGUGAGCACACUUUAGAUUAGAAUAGGAAUUAUCUGAUGUAGUGCCUUCAGCCUUUGAUGGGAGAUGUACAGGCUGGGCCUCCUACAUAAAGGUGCAACAGUAACCCAGUUUUCUUCUGAAAAAAGAAACUGUCAGCUUAAACCUGAAAGGGUGGUGGGAGUAAAUAGUACAUAUGCUGUUAUGUAUCUAUUCAUUGUAAAAAUAAUAGGGCUGUCCACAGGUGAAAAAUACAUGUAUUAGAGAAUGAAGUCAAACUGGCAGUACAUCCUGAAAUUUCCCUAUGGCAUUGUCACACAAUGCUUAAAGAGUGCUGAUUCUAGUAGUUAAUAUUAGGAAGUGAUUACCUAAAUCCUUACAUCCUUGCACUGACUAUGUCUAAUGUCAAGGUGGACAAGAUUAGUUUGGAAAUUCUGAGAAGAUAUAAAAGUUCAGAAGUCAUCAUUCAUUUCAGUUUUUCUUCCUGUAGCUGCUCAGCCCAUUUUCAUGAUCUAAGCCCAUUGAACGGCAGCCUGAAAACAAUGGAUCAUUUGGGUCAUUUCUAUCUGUGGUGCUGAGACACUGUUUGUGGAUAAAAAACAUGUCACAGUAAUGGCUCUCUUUCUACAUCAUGUAGCUGCCACCUUAAGAUUGUUAGAUAUACAUUACUAGGAUGUACAUACAGCUGUUCCCACUUGAGUUCUGUGGAUUAGCUUCCUUUCAAGACUAGUUGUUAACGACUGUCCAAGUGGUCAGCAUUGGAUGAAUGAAUGCUUGAAUAAAUGAAAGAUGAGAUCAUCUCAAGUGGUAUGGAAUAUGUGAAGAAGUAGACAAAAAUAAACCUAGAUCUUUCUUUGACAUGAAUCUUUGAAUUAGGUCAGUAGGAUGAAGCAUCUCCGUACUCUGUGUCCCAGGAUAAGGAUCUCUGUACCUAUGGAAUCCUCCAUGGCUGUGCCACAUUCCCUACAGCUGGGUUGAUGGGAGAGCUUGCUCAUCACAAGAGUCCUCACUACUACUUGUUUGGUGUUGAAAGAGGAUUGUAGACUUAAAAUGCCCAUUCUUUACAACUUCUUGUAUGACCAUUAAAUGUAAGAGUGGGACCAUUGCUGGUCUCACCUUUUUUACUUUGAAUGCUUAGAUGUUCUGUAUAUCUGCUUUUACCACCUUUAUUUUAACAGUAAUUCUUGAUGUUGGUAUCUGCUACAUCUCCUGAUCUUUUAUUUCCCAUCUUGCAGGUUUACACGGAGGCAUGGGGUGAAAAAGAACAAUGUGGUGUCUUAGAGUACUCAUCUCUUAGAGCCUGUGCCAAAGGAAGCUGGUUAUGUUGCAUGGAAGCUUCCAGAGUCACUUUUUUCUGUUCCCGAAGAAGCAGAUCACCUUGUAGGGCAAAUGCAGACUCCCCACUGCUGAGUCCUUUGUUUCCAUCUUCAUAGGAGUAUAUAUUAAAGUGUCACACAUUAUCUGUUUCCUUCCUGCCUUGCCUUUUCACUAUUUCCUGCUGCCACUGAUCUUCUUUAAUAGCUUUGCAGUCAGCAUAAAACUGGUGAUUCCUUCUGAUUGUCUAUACUUAAGGAAUUGAAGUGAAAAGUAAGUAAUUAAGGUUGCUGCUUUGGCUGAAAGGUUAGCAGUAGGAGUUUGGUGGGAUGAGAGAAUUGCAUGAUAUCCUUUUGUUUAAUUUUGGUCACUAAAAGGGUUUAAUGACCAAGGGAAGAGCAUAAAGCUCCAUGGCUGAAGAUAGGGAUUUACUCCAUUUCUUGAGGUCAUCAUUUCCUGAAUGUCACCACCACUGGAAACCUCUUCUUUAACAGAAACAUUUAGAAUCUUUUUCACAUGCUAAAAAUGCAGUGCUGUUUACAGAAAUGCUAUUUUUUCAGUAACACACAAGAAUUGUGUUUGUCAGAUCUGUUAAAGCAGUCCCACUGUUAACAUGGGUAGCUGGCAUCACCACUGAAACUUGCCUCUGCUUCAGAUGGCCCUGGUAACAGGAUAAGUGGCAUUAGUGUUGUGCAUGGUCAUUCCUCCUUCAGAUAUUGUGAGACGUUUCUUCAAAGGUAAGAAGUCAGGAGAGUUUUUGUGAAGGAAGAGCAUCUGUAGCACAUAGAACAGCAGUUAAAUUUGGACUUUGGCCAUAGAGAACACUGGAUGAGGGAGUGGCUUUUUAAGUCCUGUCUGUUAAGUGGAUCUGAUUCCUUAUAAGGUGGAAAAGGGAAACCAAAUGGCUAAAAUAAUUUAAUUUUUACAGUACUUGCCUGCUUUACCUAGCGUUGUUUAGCUUGUCUCCAAUUUUUACCAAAAAGGCGUGUCUGUUUAGCUUACCUACCUGUUUAACCAAGCAGUAAUGCGUGACAAGGGUGGAUGUUAUUGGAUCAGUAAUGACCCACCCUGAUAGACAUUAUUGCACUUAGACAAUGGAAUGUUAAAUUGUUUCAUAUUUAUUUUUCUUAUUAGUACGUGUUUUUAUAGUUUUAAUGUAAAAUACUUCCUCCACUUAAUGUUUCAAAGUUGAUGCACAUAUGCAGUCAUGUUGGAGGAAGUAUUUUACAUCCAAAAUAUAAGUAUUUAAUAUCAACACAUGCACAUGUGCGUGCACAAACACACACACAUGCACAAAAUGUCACACAGCUACACAUGUAGAGAAGAGACAAACACACAUACACAGAAACACACGAGCGCGCACACAAACACACAUACACACACACACACACAUAUGCACACACUGACACAUACAAGCAUGCAUGAGCACACACGCACACUCCCACACAAACACAUAUAUAUAUAAAAACACAUAAAUGUGCCCAACAAUUACAACCAUUUUUGUGACUGAGUACACCUCACCUGCUGUGAACAAGUGAAUUAAAAGAAUUAUACAGUGCAAAUCACUGAAACCCCCCCCAAACUGUUCCUGAUUUUCCAGAAUAUUCUUGAUUUGCCUUCCUUAUUUUCUGAUAAAUCAUUAAGGAUUACAGUUAGUAAAGAUAUUAUAAUUUUGUACUCCUUAUUGUUCAAAUAAUGUGUGAUGAUGAAAAGCCUCUUCAAAUCUUUAUUCUUGAGGAAAGGAGUUGAGAGCUGGUUGCAUUCCCCUCUCUUUUGUUUGCUUAUCCAGUUUCACACACACGAUUAUUAAUUUUUUUUCACCUGUCUUAAUGUGACCUUUUCAAACCAUGAUUAACAAGGUUUAAGUAAAAUGUUAAGCAAGCAAUAAUGGAUGACAGGGUGUGUGUUAUUGUGUAAAUAAUACCCAUGCAGGGAGUUCUGAGGCCCACCACCAUAGGCAGAGGGCCUCUACACUGCUGGAAGGGCAUUAUUUACACAAUAACACAUACCCUGGAGGGCAUUAUUGCCCUUACAGAAUGGGCUGUUAAAUUGUUUAGUGUUUAUUUGUUUUGCCCUUUUUAAAUUAAUGUAUGUAUAUACAUAUAUACACAUAUAUAUAAAUAUAUAUUAAUUUAAAGUAGUUGCAUCCGCUGCUCGAUCAGUUUCUGUUUCUGUCUCACACACACACACACACACACACACACA